AUGAACCAGGAAGUAUUGAACUUAGUUUUCUCACAGAUUUUGACAAAUUGCACUUCCUUGGUGGAGUUGAUGUUGGAACGAAAUAAAUUGAGUGGCACCUUACCCAAUUCUAUUGGAAAUCUUUCAAACUCUUUGAAAAAACUUGCUGUAUCUGAAAGAAGUAUUGAACUUAGUUUUCUCACAGAUUUGACAAAUUGCACUUCCUUGGUGGAGUUGAUGUUGGAACGAAAUAAAUUGAGUGGCACCUUACCCAAUUCUAUUGGAAAUCUUUCAAACUCUUUGAAAAACCUUGCUGUAUCUGAAAGCCAACUAAUUGGUACAAUUCCUAAAGAGAUUGGUUCUUUGAGGAAUUUGACUUCACUUGCAUUGGCUAACAAUAAUCUGAAUGGAAACAUGCCCUCAACUCUUGGUGAAAUUAAAAGCAUGCAAAGGUUGUAUCUUGGUGGUGACAACUUUCAUGGAUCAAUUCAAAAUGAGAUUUGCCUUUUGAGCAACUUAGGGGAACUUUAUGCAGAGCUAAGCAAGUUAUCUGGAUCGAUCCCAAGUUGCAUUGAAAAUCUUAGAAGUUUGCAGAUACCUAAGUCUCUUGAGGAACUUUCACAUAUCCAAUACAUGAAUUUCUCUUGCAAUAAGUUGGCUGGAGAGAUUUCAAAUGAAGUGCAGUUCAAGAACCUCACACCAUGGUCUUUCAUGGAGAAUGAGGCACUUUGUGUUGGGAAAAUGAUUUAA